AUGGAACUGCCGCUUUCAACCCCCCCUUCAGCCAACCUUCCCGGCAAGCCCGCUGUGGCACAGUGGGUUCCUCCCCCAGUCACACAGGUGAAGGAGAACUUUGCUACACUCCAGUCGAUUGAUCUCUCCUUGCUGGACUCGGAGGAUUCCGCCGUCGUCGAUGCUCUCAUUCAACAAGUGAAAACUGCUAUCCGAGAUGAUGGCUUUCUUUUCCUGGAGAACUAUGGUGUUUCCCUAGAGCAGCUGCAUCGCCAAUUUGGUAUCGCACAAUAUUUGUACGACAACAUAACUGAGGAGGACAAGGAACGUCUUCUAUUCGACCCCGAAAGUGGCAUGUGGUCUGGCUACAAGCACCCUUAUGGUUUCAAGCGCCAACGUGGACCCGCUGAUGGAAUCGAACAAUUCAACUGGUAUAAGCGCGACUGGGAAAACAUCGAGGAUCGCGUUCCGACAUGUCUCCACCCCCUGAUGGAUGAGGUUGAGGCCUUUGCCAACUACCUGACCAAGUCCGUCAACCGACGCCUCCUUACCUUAUUCUCGCGGGUUCUCGAGUUGCCCGAUGACUACCUUUGGGAUAACGUUCAAUCUCACGGUUGCCCAACCGGCGAGGGCUAUUUCCGCCACGCCUUAUUCCGCCCAGUCAAGAAGGAGACACAAGAAGCCUCCAAGGGACUUCGUAUGCACGGUCACACCGACUUCGGUCUGACUACCCAGCUCUUCUCCGUCCCUAUCUCCUGCCUUCAGAUCUGGGGUCGCGAUGAAAAGUGGUACUAUGUCCCCUACAAGCCCGGUGCACUGGUGAUCAACAUCGGAGACACUCUCGAGAUUGUGUCUGGUGGACACUUCAAGGCUACUCGCCACCGUGUUUACAAGCCGCCUGCCGACCAACUGACCCAGGAGCGUCUCUCACUGGUACUCUUCAACAGCUCUCUCGGUGAUCUCCGCAUGGGCCCUGCCACUGCUUCCCCCUUGAUUCAGCGUGAAGGAUGUGUCGAAGAGCAAGGUGUCUACAAGGAAUUCAAGAGGCUCACAUCUGAAGGCAAACUCGUGCCCACAAACAAGCAAUGGCGCGAAAUUCAAAUUGCUACUGCAACGGACCCUACCGACCAAGUGCACAACCGUGUUGGUGUCCAUCAAGUUAUGAUUGAUGGGAAGAUCAUGCACCAGAGGGAGUACAUGGGUGUGAAGGUUGUUCUGCCCGUAUAG